AUGAACGACCAUGAAUGGCCAGACAACCUUAAUGGGCAGGGGAGGGUUGGUGAGUUCUCGGAGAGGCAUGGUGGUGGUGGUGGUGGAUGUGGAGGUUUUGAAGGAGGUGGUGGUUGUGGUGAUGGUGGUGGUGGAGGUGAAGGUGGAGUUGGUGGUGGCGGUUGUGGUGGUAGUGGUGGUGGUGGUGAUGGUGGUGGUGAAGGUGAAGGUGGAGUUGGUGGUGGUGGUGGUGGUGGUGGUGGUGGUGGAGAAGGUGGUGGUGGUGGCAGAUUUGGAAGUGGAGGUGGUGGUAGUGACAGCAUGGUGGUGGAUGUGAAGGUUUUGAAGGAGGUGGUGGUUGUGGUGGUGGUGGUGGAGGUGAAGGUGGAGUUGGUGGUGGUGGUUGUGGUGGAGGUGGAGGUGAAGGUGGAGUUGGUGGUGGUGGUGGUGGUGGUGGUGGUGGUGGUGGAGUUGGAUGUGGAAGUGGAGGUGGUGUUAUUUUUUAAAAUGAAUGAUGGUAUUUUGGGAAUUAAAAAAAUUCAUUAA